AAGGAAGUAACCUCCUUCACUUAUCUAGGAAGCACUGUUUCAACUACAGGCAGCACAGGCACAGACGAGGAUGUCAAAGUCAGAAUCGGAAAAGCAAGACAGGCGUUCAUUAGCCUGAAACCAGUGUGGAGAUCUUCUGCACUGCACUCAGCAUGCGGAACAAGAUACUGAUUUUCAACACCAACGUCAAGUCAGUGCUCUUGUAUGGUUGAGAGACUUGGCGCGUCACGAAAGGGAUUUCCAAUAAACUACAGACAUUCAUCAACAACUGCUUACGCUGGCUCGCUACUGAAGAUCAGAUGGAUUGCCAGAAAGAAUAAGCAACAAGGAGCUCUGGGAACGAACCAACUAAGAAGCUAUCGCUCAACAAAUAUGCAGUGGAAGGAAGUGGAGAUGGAUUGGGCAUACACUGAGAAAGCCGACUGGGGACAUCACGCGUCAGGCCCUCGAGUGGAAUCCCCAUGGGAGGCGACGAGUUGGACGUCCGAGGGUGACAUGGAGGAGAUGGUGCGAGGAGGAAAUGAGAGCUUGUAGGCUGUCGUGGAACCAGGUUCAAGAGAUCUCAGAGAACAGAGGUCACUGGUGACGUGCUACUGAAGCCCUAUGUUCCAUUAGGAACCCAAGG